GUUUAGAUCAGUUUAGAUAACAUAACCUAAAAAUAAAGCAGACUGGCAGUUUGAACCUAAAGUGUAAUUUGCCAGCAAUUCUCGCCCCCGUUAAUUAGUAUACAGUUCAUAAUGAAUUUGUAAAGAAUUUUCAAAUUUUUAUACAUCCAACAUUCCACAUUCCACCGAUCCAGGUUAUCUUCGAACUUAAAAUUGAAGUGAUAUAUCCAGCAGAAAUUUUGAACAACGGAUUCUUUCACUAACUUAUCGUAUGUAGUUUUGCUUGAUUAAACAAUUACGUCAAUUUUGAAAAGAUUAUUAAUAAUAUCAUACACUCGCCUUACUCUAGAAAAGUAAAAUUGAGAAGAAAGAAAUUGUAGCCGAAAGUGAGGUUAGAACAACGAUCAAGAGGACCAAGUACGAAGAAAAGCUUACAAAAUGACUCUGAGAGCAAUCAAAUACGAAAACAACAGUUUAGAGAUAUUGGAUCAGCUUCUUUUGCCUGCUCAAUCCAAAUAUAUUCAAGUAAAAGGUGUUGAAGAUGGUUGGAAGGUUAUCAACAAAAUGCAGGUGAGAGGGGCUCCAGCAAUUGCCAUAGUUGGAUGUCUCAGUCUGGCAGUGGACCUGAGAAAUGAGAAGUUUGACUCAAAACAGCAGAUGCGUCAAGAGAUUGAAGGGAAGCUAAACUACUUGGUCUCUUCAAGACCAACUGCUGUAAAUAUGAAGAUAGCUGCGGAGGACCUGAUUGAUCUAGCUAAUCAACUAAGCAAGGAUUCUAACGUAACUUUAGAGAAUAUGAAAACCAAGUUCCUGCAGACAGUUGAAGACAUGCUGACAAAAGACAUAGCUGAUAACCAGGCGAUCGGCGAAAUUGGUGCCAAAGAGAUUCUGUCUGGAGUAUCAGGAGACAGCUUGUGUCGGAUUAUGACACACUGCAACACCGGAUCCUUAGCCACGGCAGGAUAUGGGACUGCUCUUGGUGUCAUCAGAAGCCUGCAUGCUAUGAAAAGACUUGAGCACGUGUAUUGUACCGAGACGCGUCCAUACAACCAAGGAGCUAGGUUGACAGCUUAUGAAAUGGUGCAUGACAAGAUUCCAUGCACACUGAUUCUUGACAGCAUGGUUGCUGCUGUGAUGAAACACAGGAAUAUCACCGCUGUUGUUGUUGGUGCUGAUCGGGUAGCUGCGAACGGCGAUACAGCUAACAAGAUUGGCACGUACCAGAUGGCAGUGCUAGCCAAGUACCACGGGGUACCAUUCUUCGUAGCAGCUCCUCUCACCUCAGUGGAUCUGAAGGUGCCCAGCGGAGACCACAUUGUCAUUGAAGAACGACCUGAUAGAGAGAUGACUCAUAUCGGAGAACAUCGUAUCGCUGCUAAAGGCGUAACGUGUUGGAACCCAGCUUUCGACGUAACCCCGGCGAGUUUGAUAGCGGGCAUCAUAACUGACAAGGGUUUCUUCAGGCCGGAACAGUUGAAGACGCUCAACGAUCAUCAAAAAAUGAAUAACCAUUCCAGCUAAUAGCCCACUCGAUUGACUAUAUAUAUUACGACUUCUAAACAGGGAAACUAUACAUUCAGACUUAACUAUGUAUAUUAUUCUAAAAAAAAUAAAUGAAAGGGGAUACUAUACGAACUACUACUGCUACUAUUUAGGUAAUGAAUUUUGAUAUGCGCUAUUAUUUUUAUCCUAAAAUUUCAUGUGCAGAAUGUCUCGUUCCUUUGAAGAGAUACUGAAAAUAACUUUUAAAGCGAAAUUUUAUUGAUAUUAGAAUCCGUAGAAAUAAAAUGCUAAUGGAAAUUGUGUUAAUGUAGAACGAUAUGCAACAUAUAUUUUUGAUAGUUUUAUUCAUAUGUAUAGUAUCUAGUACAUAAUUUAAACCUAUGCACGUCAUUAUGUUCUUGAUGACACCCUCUAUAACUUUUUUUGAUCUCCACUUUUUGUAAGAAACUGUAACAAAUACGACUAACAUUUUUCAAAACUUCCCAAAAGAUGAAUAUUUAAAACCAAUUAGGCACAAAUUUUGUUUAAAUCUGUAAAUAUUCAAAAGUGGUACAUCCUCUAUUUUACGCUCCUGCUAUAUUUCCCUAAUAUAUAGUUCUUUUCAAAAAUAUCUCAUCCCUUCUCAUUUUUUUAAUGGAUCAAGCUGAAACUCUGGCUAAUCAAAUUAAUGGAUAGGUACUAUAUUUUAGCGCAUAGGUGGCAGUUGAAAAUUUCAAGAUGGCUGGUCGCAAUUUCGGAACAUUUUUUUAAAUGGAGUGGGGGGUCAUGUGAUACCUCAUUUUAAAGAUCGUUAUGAGUACUUUACAAUCUUAGAAUAUAAAAUUACUACCCAAAAUGGCGGACUGGCAGGCUGUGAAAGUUUAUCGUUUUUGUACAUUGAAUCCCUUAUAACUCGACAACCAAUCAUGAAAACAUUAUAGUAUGUUAUACCAUUCUUCUUCUUUUUUGUAGGGGUUAUUACAUAUUUAAGUAGAGCCUUCCGAGAGAAGAAGGUUGAUAUAAAAUACUCCAGCCUUUUGAUGAUUGAUUGUUGAGUGUCUCAAUGUACAAAAGCGCUCGAUCUUGACAGCAUGCCAUUUCACCAUCUGUAAUGAUGGUGAUUUUAUAUUCAAGGUUUAUAAAGUGCUCAUAAGAACUUCAAGAUUCUCGCACAGCCGCCAUUAUGAAAUCCUUAACUUCCACCUUUACAUUAAAAUAUACUAUACAUGGAUUACCCCAAAUUUCAGCUUGCUAACUUGACCUGUUAAUGGCUUGCAUUAACUUUUUUUUGUAGUGAUGUACAAGAUACUUUGAAAAUAAGUAUUUUAGAUAUCAGAUACAAAAUACUUUCUGGAAUGGUAUCUGAAAUGCUAGAUACUAAAUAAGGAUCUUUUAAAUACUUAUUAAUGACUGAAUUCUUUUGUAAGAAAACUUUAUUGUUGAUCACAUAAAUGUUACAAAAUAUUAUACUUUUAAUGUUUUAAUUGAGACAAGUAGAAUCCGUUCUUCAAACGUUUUAUCGCUUAUUUUUCCACAUGAGCAGAAUUCGGUAGACAGUUGUUAUAUUUGAAAAAUACUUUUUUAUUGAAGGAUAAGCAUUUAAGCUCUUGAGGCUGGUAUCUUCAUUAUUUAGGUAUUACAGUGUUUCUAAGUCAACAGCGCUGCCAGUAGACCCUGUGUUUUCACUGUUUUUGCCAUUUAAUAAGAUUUGACUUCUUUUUUAUCUCACUUCCAAUAUUAUCUAAAGCCUGUUUUUUGUUCAUCAGGUCGAAUAAUUCUACGUGUUUUAUUUAGUAUAAGUUCUUAUACAUAUUCUUGGCCCCAGACUAAAGUUAUGUGAAGAAAUGAAAUGCAUAAGCAGCUAUUACUAAAAGUAUUUUAGCAAACAUAUAGAUUUUACCAAAUACUAAGAUACCAAAUGAAAGGUAUCUAAAUACAAGAUACAAAUAGAAUUUUAAAAAAUUAUCUUAGAUACAUAUUUUGUAUCUGUAUUUCAGAUUCUUAAAUAAGUCACACAUCUGUUUUUUUUAUGAACCGUAUAUUCCAGUGACUUUGAAUAUAAUCGACACUGGUCUGUCCCUAUUUUGUAUAAAUAAAAAAUUACAUUUAA